AUAUAGGAUGGAUUCUUCCUUAAACUAUUGCUAUGAAUGCAACACUUUUGUAUAAUAGUUGUUAUUUUUUAUUGUAAAAUACAUCAUAACCUAUACAGAAACAGACACAAACAUCAUGUUUGUCCCCUAAAAGAAUGCCUGUGUUGGGACGCAGUAUUUCAAUAGCACUGUAUGUGAUAUAGGCAUACGCCCAUAUCAACUGUAGAGGUCCCCCUUUUACCGACUGCUACACACACACCUUUGUUGCACCUCCUCUUCUGAUUCCCAUGCAGUGGAGCAUAGGGCAGAGGAGGGAGGAAGGAGACGCAGCGUGUGGAUUUGUGCACUUCAGGGAAACACCCCGCACAGGGUGAGCUCAAGGAGAAAAGUCGUAUCACUGUGAUCAAGCAGGAAGAGGCUUCUGCUCUUGAAUCAGUGAGGAUGCUGACACUGUAGGCUGCACGCGUGCCGGAUACAUGCAGUACUCCGCAGUCCUCUGUCAGGUCACAUUGUAGUAGCUGUAAAACCGGGCCAGUCCUCUUCUGCCUCUGCUGGGAUUUGCCCUUGCUGGGAUACAGGAUGCCUCCUUCUCCUCUUCUCACACUGGUCUUGGUGGUCCUGCUGGGUGUGUUGAUGACAUAUGCCCAGAUGGAGAUGAAGAGGGUUGUUGGAGACAAUGCCACGCUGCCCUGCCACCAUCAGUUCUGGGUGGGAGAUGACCCCACUCUGGACAUUGAAUGGCUGCUCCUGAAGCCAGCCAGCAGGCAGAAAGUGGUGAUCACCUACUUCGCUGGACGGGUUUUUGAUCCCAGUGAAGGGGAGCACGGCCAUGUCGCCUUUGCUGGAGAAUACUUAAAAGGCGAUGCCUCUCUGCUGAUCAGUGACUUGUCUAUGAUGGACUCAGGAGAGUACAGCUGCAAAGUCAAGAAUGGUGCACAAUACCACUGGAGCACAAUCAGCCUCAUAGUGCUCGUGAAGCCAUCCAAGCCGCAGUGCUGGAUUGAGGGCAAACUGUUGGAGGGUGGUGAUGUUAAGAUGAGCUGCAAGUCUGCUGAUGGCUCUGAUCCCAUCCACUAUAAAUGGCAGAGGGUACUGGACAAUGGCAAGCAUGUUGGCAAGCUGCCUCCAUUGGCACUGUUAGAUUUGAAAAACCCAGAAAUUGUUACAUUGAGGAACUUGACCAAGGACAGCACUGGAGUCUACAAAUGCACAGCCAACAAUGAUGUGGGAGAAGAGAGCUGCACAGUGGAGGUUAUGAUGCACUAUGUAAGGGGAAUGGGUGUGGUAGCAGGGGCAGUGGUUGGAGUGUCAUUUGGUAUCCUCCUCAUCAUCUUCAUCAUCUGGCUGGUGUGUCGCAAGAAGGAGACAAAGAAAUAUGAAGAAGAGACACCAAACGAAAUCAGGGAGGAUGCAGAGGCUCCCAAAGCCAAACUGGUGAAGCCCAACUCUCUGUCCUCAUCCCGCACUGGCAGCUCUCGCUCAGACACCUCCUCUACCCAGUCUAUGAUACGCAACAUGGGGCCCCGAGGCCAACAUGGCUGUGUUCCUGCUGUGGCGGCCAUCAAGGAAGACUGCCAAGCCUCCACCUUCCCUCACUCUCCACCUGGCUACAAUCUGACAGUUCACAAGACUCCUGAACCCUGUACACCGACCUCUAUUUCAACCUCAAACUCCAACAAUCCCCCUGAACUGUGCACAGGGCAGCUGACCCACAUGGGGGCCAAAGCUGUUAAUGUCCCUCCCCAAACCAAGGCCUUCCAAACUGUGUAGAAGUUGCAGACAUAAAACUGUAUUCACACAGAGGUAAAGACUGCUGCUGCCUCAGGACAUGGCAACCACCUAAACUUAAGAGUUAUAGUCUGAUAAAAAUCAUGUUAUAUCAUCAAGAUAUAUUCUCAGUAUUCACAGUCUAGUGGACACUUUCAGCAAUUGAACGUUUCAAGAAUAUCUGCUUUCCUCUAACAUAAGAAAAAGUUUAUUCUGGUGUUAUUGACACUUGUGAGAAACAUCAGUGUUUUUUAGAUAGGGAGGUAUUGAACCUGAAGCAGCAGUUGGUUGCUAAUGGAAGGACGCGAUUGCACCGAUCACGAAAACAAGGGAAUAACAAAAAAGGAACACUCAGUCAUUUACAAUAUAAUCAAACAGUCUUGAACAGUUUCCUUCAAACAAUAAACCACUUUACAUCUGUUGCAAAUGAAAACACCUGCACCAAUGACUAAACCACUUAAAAUAGUUUCACUCUUGGUUUCUUAAAGUAUAGACACGGAUAAAUGGCUCUGAUUGUAAAAGAUUUUAUGCAGACACCUAAUAUAUCAUCAAUGUAUUUGAACAUAUACACUACCGUUCAAAAGUUUGGGGUCACCCAGACAAUUUCGUGUUUUCCAUGAAAACUCACACUUUUAUUUAUCAAAUGAGUUGCAAAAUGAAUAGAAAAUAUAGU